AUCGCAGUCUUUACGUCGUAGUCUGCGUUUAUGUGUGAUUGUUAUGCAAUGGUUCUAAAAACUUGACGAUUAUUUUGUAAACUUCUGAAAUGGCAGCCCGUAUAGCAGCUUCCGCAACUGUACGCGCAGUUAAAGCAAGAAAACCAUUUCCUACUCGUGCUGCCCUUGUUCUUACUCCUAGUGCAGUUAAGCGAGUCAAGCAACUUACCGAAGGCAAAGAUGAUCAUGUUGGAUUAAGGAUAGGUGUGAAGCAGAGAGGUUGCAAUGGAUUUAGUUACACUUUAGAUUUUGCAGCAAAAAAAGACAAACUUGAUGAAGAAGUACUUCAAGAUGGAGUUCGGAUUUUUGUUGAUAUGAAAGCCCAACUUCAUUUGUUAGGAACAGAAAUGGAUUUUGUUGAAAAUGAACUCUCAUCAGAAUUUGUAUUCAAUAAUCCAAACAUAAAAGGGACAUGUGGAUGUGGAGAAAGUUUCUCUGUGUGAUAAAAAUGAACAGUAGAACCUUAAUUGACUGUACAUAUUUAAAGGGUUAGUACAUACAUAGAUAAUAACAGCAAUACAUAGUCAAAUACCA